GCAUUGAUCGCUAUGGCGGGAGAAGACGAUUUUUCUGUCGCUUAACUAGAGAUAUGGGGCGCUUACGUUGCGGUAGGACCAGUCGUUGCUUCUCUUCUCCCAGCUCUCUGGUUGGUUCCGCAGUCGAAGUAAAUCUCCACAUGAAUGCGUGAAGCGUAUGCAGCUGCACGGAGAAAUCUUUUAGGCGGCGAGAGGUGCUGUUGGAACGGCCCAAAUGGCUAUAUUCAGGACCGUUUUGAUGCUUCUGCGGCCGACCGUCGUACACCAAGUUGCGAGCAAAGUCUUUCUUGGCUUCACAAACAAUACAGCAAAGCUUGUCUCCCACCCCACGUUAUACAUUAGCAACAGCGCAUUGUCGCCUAUAGUGUCCCUCCUAGGACUUAUGGAAGUCUUCUAUCGCGCUCGUGUGGCCUGGUUGCUUCUUUACACAUGAGGAGGCGAUGGCGGCCCGCAGAUCUGACAAGGAGAACGGCGAGCGAAGCGGGAGCUAUGAGGAGUAGUUUUCUCCCUGACAUAUGAUGCUUUCUCUGCAGUUGCUUGUAUCCGCAUCAAACGGGAAAUAUCACCUCUGACAUCGGCUGUGAUGAUGGCCUCCCCCAUCUCCCGGAACUGCGACAACGUCUCGUUGUUUUUUGUUCAGGUUCUCUACAUCUUCGCUAACAAAGUUGACAUCUUGCUUCUGGUGUUUCUUUUGUUCGCAUUCCAUCGACAAAACUAUCUUGCACGAAGCAAAUAAACGGGUUCUACUGCGUCCGCUGUCCGCUCUCUCAUCUAUCAGAAACCAGGGCACUUGUUCUACCGGUUCGAUACCCUGGAAAACAUGAGUUAUAGUUUGUUGUUCGGUUCUCGGAUGUGACAUACCUCUAACUAGUUUCUGAAUAAGACAAUCCGAAUUCGCAAAUGAAGACAGGAGCCAUGGUCAUGGAACACAUGUACGACACCUGGUCCAAUCGCUUGUCAGCUUCUGCAGCUAUUGUUUUCACUUCUAUACAAUACCUUGAACGAACAAGAACUACUGAUAUACUUCUAGGGGCAGUGGUCCUUGCACCCCGCACGCGCUUUCUAUUAGGCAUUGCCAUCUGUCUCGGACCAUUCCAGCAAAUUGAAAUUCCUUUAAAAAAUAAUAAAGGGACAAUACAUUCAAUCUCCGAUCAAACAGCGCUCAGUUGAGUAAAUGAUAUCACCUUUCUGAUUUUGAGCUGAAAAUCCCAGCAAUAGCCUUUAAAGAUGUUAGUUAAGCGGCAUUGACGCAAUUGCGAUCAAGUUAAGUUCCGAUGCGAGAAUAACCUUGCGGUGCUUUGCUGUAACAGUACAUCAGAAGAAGGGGAUUCUACUCACCAAACCUAUGGGAAGAGACAAUGGUUUCCUUUUGGCCUGCUCAAACACGCGCAUUUCAUCAUUUAUUUACAAACGGGUCCACUUAUUAACUUAAUUCAUAUCCGAUAGGAAAGAGACAGAAACUUGACUGUUUGCUUUUGAUGAGAAGGAGUUGCGAAGUACGGAACAUGUGGACAAUGCGCGCUGUUUUUAGCAAGCUCAUGAGGUAACACCCUCUGAUACAACAUUCUCCUCGUGCACACCAUGUUGUCAGAGUAUUCACCGGCCGUCGGAAAAUCUGUGCGGCGCCUAAAUAUCAUGUUAGGCACAUACUCCAUUUCCACCUGUUGCCAAAUCCGCGGAGGCGUACGCACCUGGACUCUGUUUCCCGCCUAAUAGUUGCGGACUCUACUUGAUCAGAAAGUCGCGUGUGUUCCUAUAUUCGAUACAAUAAUCGGUGCAGUCUCUCGUGUCCUUUCCGUGCGUACGGGACGACGCCAAAGAAGCUAG